AUGGCGUUAGAUAAGAAUACUCAGUUCGACGCAAACAAUAACAACAGCGAUGAGGAGCAAUCGAAAACACAACGAAGCGCAUCAGAUGUGAGCAACAUCUUCAAUAGUACUUUUAUCAAGGAGGGCAACCAAUGGCGAUCCCUCAAGAAUAUGGAUUGUCGAGGUGUGAUACCCGAUUUGGCAAACAACGAUUUCGAUAAUGGCGUACUUUCUUCAAUGAAUGAAGCUGACAGCAAGAACAGUCGCGAAGAUCCUACAAGAAAUACGUCGUCAGGAGCAUCCACUAGUCGUUCUGUUUCAUCUCAAAAGAUUCAGAAUUCUUCAUCUGACAAACCACUAGAUACAAAAAAGAAUCCUUUGCAACGAAUGAAAAAACGUAGUACACAAAAAUCGAAACUAUGCAUUAUUCAAUGA